GAGAGGGAGAGGUGGGAGAGAAGCAAGUGGAGAAAGAAGAGACUAACGGAGGGAGGGAUCGACCCUGUUUCUGGACCUGUAUUGAGCUGCUCCCCUCUGGGAUACACCGCACCACCCAAAAAUGCUCAUAAAGGAAUUUCGAGUGAUUCUUCCUAUCUCUGUGGAAGAGUACCAGGUCGGCCAGCUAUACUCUGUGGCUGAGGCCAGUAAGAAUGAGACGGGCGGAGGAGAAGGAGUGGAGGUGUUAAAAAAUGAGCCCUAUGAGAAGGAUGGAGAGAAGGGACAGUACACACACAAAAUUUACCAUUUGCAGAGUAAAGUGCCGUCAUUCGUCAGAAUGUUGGCUCCAGCAUCAGCUCUCAACAUCCACGAGAAAGCCUGGAACGCAUACCCAUACUGUCGUACAGUUAUCACUAACGAGUAUAUGAAAGAUAACUUCCUGAUCAAGAUUGAGACAUGGCACAAACCUGACAUGGGACACCAGGAAAAUGUACACGGUUUGGAUGCAGAAACCUGGAAGAAAGUGGAUGUAGUCUAUAUUGAUAUUGCGGACAGAACCCAAGUGGAGCCGAAGGACUACAAGCCAGAGGAGGAUCCCUGCAGGUACAAGUCAGUGAAGACAGGACGAGGCCCUCUAGGACCAGACUGGAGGAAGGAGCUUCCCAAUAAGAAAGACUGCCCACACAUGUGUGCCUACAAACUGGUCACUGUCAAAUUCAAGUGGUGGGGCCUGCAAAAUAAAGUGGAGAACUUCAUCCAGAAGCAAGAGAAGCGUUUGUUCACCAACUUCCAUCGUCAGCUGUUCUGCUGGAUUGACAAGUGGAUUGACUUGAACAUGGAAGACAUUCGUCGUAUGGAGGAGCAGACACGGAGGGAGCUAGAUGAGAUGAGAGUGAAGGACCCAGUGAAAGGGAUGGUGGCUAUAGAGGACUGAGGUUGUGUUGGACCGUGAAUGCUGCUGCUCAUCAGACCAGUAAACCCAGACACCAGCGGAUUCACAUUCUCCUUCUGUUCGAACUGACACAACGUCUGACCGGCCGGUCCGAAACCCCCUCCCUCGGUACAAUCUGGUUUUCAGGGACCUGGACCCAGUAAAUCCUAGUUUUCAGCUGAUCUCCUCCACCCCAUCCCACCUCCCCAUCCCAUCUGUCUCUAUUUGUUUUUCCAUCCAGCGUCCCCAUCUUAUUAACUGCUCUGAGGCCUCCAGUAGCA